CAUCUGCCUGCCAAGCACAAGCACCCGGGGAAAGGCCAGCGUCAGCCCAGCCCCGAGAGGAAUGCGGUCCCAUCUGAGAGCGAUGAGUUCAGCUCCUUCCGCUACUGGCGAGCCCCCCUGCCCAGCAUCGAGGAGGAGCUGCAGGAGCUGCUGAAAGCUCAGGCCAUCUCCAUUAGCCCAGAGAGCACUGAGGAGCACCAGAGCUCUGAGGAUGGGGCCAGUGCUGAGGAAGAGGAGGACGAGGAGGAGAGUGAUGACGAGGGUUGGAUAACACCCAGCAACCUCAAGCAGGUCCAGCAGGACACGGGGCACUGUGACACUGCUCCUGUCGGCGUCCAGGUCGGCUGCGUCACCACUGACUUUGCCAUGCAGAACGUGCUGCUGCAGAUGGGCCUCCACGUGCUGGCUGUGAAUGGCAUGCUGAUCCGCCAGGCCAGGAGCUACAUCCUCCGCUGCCACGGCUGCUUCAAGACCACUUCGGACAUGACCAAGGUUUUCUGUCCCCACUGCGGUAACAAGACCCUGAAGAAGGUCGCAGUGAGCGUCAGCGAUGACGGGAGCCUCCACAUGCAUUUCUCCCGCAACCCCAAGGUGCUGAACCCCCGAGGGCUCAGGUACCCGCUGCCAGCCCCAAAAGGAGGGAAGCACGCGAACAACCCUCACCUGGUGGAAGACCAGCCCUUCCCGCAGCAGCGGCUGUCCCGCAAGGCCAGGCAGAAGACCAACGUCUUCGACCCCGACUACAUCGCCGGGGUCUCGCCCUUUGCGGAAAACGACGUCUACAGCCGCGCGGCCAAUCUGCAAAUCCGGGACACGGCCCUGGGCGCUGGCAGGAGGCGCCUGAACCCCAAUGCCGUGACAAAGAAGUUUGUGAAGAGGAGGUGAAGGGCGGGACAGGGCCCUCCGCAGCCGGUGCUGCGAGGGACCAUCUGCCUGGGCCUUGCACGUUGCUGCCCAACGCCGGAUGGCUCCGGGAAGGUGAGGCCUCUCCCAGCACCCUUCCAAAGGCAGCCGCCCUGGGCAGGGGCCGGGCCUUUCCUUCCACGCUUCUCUGGUGCCUGAAGAGUGGCAGCGGCUGGGGGUGAUAGUCAUUGGGUCUGGGGAGGCUGUGACCCGGGAUGGCCUGCCAGAACCAGGGGGAGCCGGGCGAGGUGGUGGCUUCCCUGCUCAGCCCCAGGCAAUGGCUGCGUUGCUAAUAAACACAAAAACCCAUA